CCGCUGGGUAGCACGUACUUCGCCGAGUAUUCCUUCGCCCAGCAGCGGCCGGAGGAUUUAACCCCCCGCCGCCAGAGGCCGGGGCUACCUAGACGUCUGUCCGGUGACAUGCGGUCCGGGGAGCUCAUCCUGCGCUGCGUCCUGCUCGGGGGCAACUGCAGUGAGAUGCCGGCGCACUCGGCCAGUCCCGGUCUGGUCAAGAUGGCCAAAGCAGGUGGAGGAGCUGGCGGUGGCGCGGGAGCGGGAGGAGGAGGGAUGGCGCAGGGCCGCCGGGUCAGGGUGAAACAGGGAGCCCAUCGACCCCGAGAUGUCCGGACCAUCUUCCACCAAACGGAGGAUCCCAGAGUCCCGGAGGAGAAGGGAGAGGGGCAUUGCUUCGUUCGAUGUUCCGUGUACACUUGGUGCGAUUAUUGUGGCCAGCAGAUCCCCCUGUGCAAUGAAGCUGCCAGGUGUAAAAAUUGCAAUUACACCGUUCAUCAAGAGUGUAGGAGCUUCAUUAAACUUGACUGCCAGCAAGGGAAACCGCUUUCAGCAGAGAAAAUCAGCCCUGCAAACACAAUGGUCCAGUCUGGAAGUGAGAAUGUGGCAACGAAAGAAGAAGAAGAAAAACCCAAAGUUCUCUCAGCUAAGGAGAUUAAACAAAAAAUUGAAGAAUACAAUGGAAAGGCUAAAAGCUGCUUGGGAAUGCGUUUGAAUCAGGAUGGCACAUACACUGGUUUCAUCAAAGUUCAUCUCAAGCUACGCCGGCCUGUCACUGUCCCAGCAGGCAUCAGACCACAGUCGAUCUACGACGUGUUGAAAGAAGUAAAUCCAGCAGAAAUCACCGAUAAACGAACAUCAUUUUACCUGCCAUUGGAUGCAAUCAAACAGCUUCACAUCAGUAGUGUAACCACUGUUAAUGAAGUGAUCACAAGCCUGCUAAAAAAGUUCAUGGUGAUUGAUAAUCCUCAAAAAUUUGCUCUCUUCUACCAGACCAAAAAAGGCGAUGAUGUGCACCUGCAGAAACUUAAAGAAAAUGAGCAUCCUCUUUUAAUCCGUCUUUUGGCUGGACCGGACACAAAUACCUCAAGUUUUGCAUUGAAGGAGAAUGAAACUGGGGAAGUUGAGUGGGAUGCAUUUACUGUACCGGAGUUGCAAAACUUCCUCAUGAUACUAGAGAAAGAAGAAAGGGAACGGAUCCAACAGGUCCAGCAGAAAUACACCACAUUUCGACAAAAGCUGGAGCAGACUUUGAAGACGGUUGGGAAACCUGGAUAAUUGGAUUGCAGAAAAGCCAAAAAUAGAGGCAUAAGACUAUCCUUAAAUAUUGCUCAGGACAUGUGAGCAGGAUUAUCUCAAGGGACAAGUGCAACAAUAAAGCAACAACAAAUGUUGCUUUUUAAAACUGUAAAAGUGCAGAGUUGGUGCCAAUGUUGAGAAACAUUACUGUAUCUAUGUCCCACUCUGGACUGACUAAAUACAGCUGCUUUUCAUGAGUUUCCUAUUGUAACCCUUUGAGUACUGAAGGAACUAUAAAUACAGCAUUUCUAGACAAACUUUUAAAAGUCUAUUUGAAGAGUACUGUGAAUGAAAAUCCUAAAUAGGUUCUUUGUUUAUUUGCUUAAGUAUUCAAUACAGCAAAUUUACAUAAAAUAUAAGUGUGGCAGACGCGAGCCUGCAGUUUGGAAGCUGCAGAAGGUAUUCAGUGCUCAAGGGGUUCUGGUUAUUCUGCAAUGCACCAAAUCAUUGGUUGGAGCUUGAGGAGAAGUGUCUAUUAAAAGCAGCAAGCUGUUUUUUGCAUGUAAGACAAAAAUCUUUAAAAUGUUGUCCUUUUUUUUAACAAAACCUAACUGUUGCAUGUUUGGGGUGCUGAGUGGAAUUGCAUAGAAUGCCAUUAUGUAAUUGAAGUUGUCUCAGAACAUAUGCAGCUUUCUUAAUUGAAUGCUUUUAAAGAGAGCUAUAUCAAACAUAAUUACCUUGAAUGAUGAUAUUUAAUAAUAAAGCACCUAUGUGAAAUCUCUCUUUUAAAAAGAGCAUUUAGAGAAAGUUUCCAUUAUUUGGUAUCAAUGGUGAAAUCCUAAAUGUCCACACCAGAGGGAUUUUAUGGUUUAGAGGCACAAUAGGCAUUCAAACUGGUACAGUGGUGCUCUACCUGAACUCUGCCUUUCCAAUUCCACCACAAAUUCCGGGGCAGGAAGGCUUAUGGUCAGACUUCCUGUCCUGCUGAAAAUUGAGGGCCUUAUAUAGGCAAUUAGAGACCACUGAAGGAUCAUCCCACUACUGCUGGUAUUAACUCAGUUGUAGGCAGGCUUUUUGACAUCCUUUGUGCACAAUGGUUAACACUACGAGGCUUUCUUAUGAUCUUUCAUGAUAGGGAGAGUGUCAUUAGUCAAAACUCCUCUGAGUCUGAUUGAGUGAUUCACUGUCAAGAAUGUGGGGACCACAGAGCCGCAGUCUGCACUUGCUGCUGACCUCUGUACAUCCUGUCCCUGAAAACAGUAAUGCAGGUCUUUAAAGGUGAGAUUUUCAAAGCUUCCAUAAAAUCCAGAAAAUUGUUUUUGAAUAAAUCCAAUAUUUUGUCCUGUUAAUUUUGCUGUUUUCUAUUUGACUGGCAAUUGGCUUGUAUAGUUUAUUCUUGGGGCAGUAGCUUUUCUGCUUCCUUUACUGUCAUUUCUAUACCUCUUGAAGUUAAUUUUAAUUUCAAAAUUAUAUGGAGAUUAAGUUCUAGAUAAUGGAAUGAGUGAGCACAGUGAGGACAGUCCCUUGUACUUUUCCCUCGUGGCAGAUUUGAUGGUGGGUUGAUUUAAUGAGAUGGAAAAGUGGUGGUUAGAUGGCCUUCUGACUGUGCUGUCAAUUGAGAGCCUUAAGUCAGCAAUUAAUAGUUAAGGGAGUCAUCCUGUGUAUACCCACGAGUGAGUAGAAUGCUUGCCAUGAGGGAACAUUGCAAGGAAAUCUCUGUGGGCCUGUUUCUGGGAUCCCAGUGGGAGCCCCUUAUUCAAAGAUCUGGAAAAUGGUAGUCCCGCAACAGUCAACCUCUUACAGCACCUUUCAACUUUGGCCUGGGAUACCUCAAUGAUCCUUGGCUUCAGGUAGAUGUGGUACAGGAAAUCUGGUGCACUGCUGAUCAGUAGGGCUGCUGGCAUUUGGCUGGCAGACAGGACCCACAGUGCCUCCAAAAUCCUGCUUAUCAUAUUAACAGUUUUAGAGCUAUAAUUUAAUUCAAUCCACACUCUUACUGGAAUUCUUCUGUCUUCACAGGUUUUGGGUGAAGUGAGUUUGGGCAUUUGCUAAUGGGUAUGAUACUAUUUCUGAAAGCUGUCCCAGAGGCCAAAAGGAUAACCAACAUAGAAAAUGCAAAAUCACACAAUAGAAGCAAAUGAUGUUAAGGUUAAAUGUACUGGGGCACUUUGGGAGGCAAAGUGGAACUUAAUUCUAGUUUGCGGAUUUUGGUACAAAGUACUGCAAUGAAAACACUUAGUGUAUCAGCAACUUAAGGCAAAAUGGAAGUUGAGCCAGAAAGGGAAAAUUGGGCUGGUGGUUUAUCAUAGAAACCCUACAGAAAGAGGUCGUUCAGCCCAUUCAACUCUCCAAAGAACAACUCAACUACCACCCCCCCCAAAAAAAAUCCUAUUCUUGUAACCCCACAUUUACCAUGGCUAAUCCAUCUAUUCUGCACAUUUCUGGAGACUAUGGGCCAACUUAGCAUAGCAAAUCCACUUAACCUUGUGUGAGGAAACCAGAGGACUUGGAGGAAACACACACAGACACGAGGGGAAUGUGCAAACUCCAAACAGUUGCCCAAGGUUGAGAUCAAAUCUUGGUCCCUGGCACUGUGAGACAGUCGUGCAAAACUUGAUUUUUAAGGAUGAGAAAGAGGAGAUUUUAUGAAGUCAGUUUCCUGCACGUAGGACCUAGGCAACUACAAGCCGAACCCUAGUGGAGAUAUAAAAAAGGCAGGUGUUUAUAAUAGAAGAUUACUUUGUGAGGUAACACCAUGGCAAUAAACACAUUAUCUUUAAGAAUUUUUAAUGAGUUUGAAAAUGCUCUAUUAUAAAAAUUGGAUAAAUUGAUUCAGAAUUCAUUGACAACGUUAGACAAUAAGCAUGUUGUUUAGUACCUCACAUACAUUUCAUCCAGGAUCCAGGGCUGUAGAAUAAAAACUGAUAGUUUUUCAGCUUUUUACUUGGGUGCUUUUUACUAAAUUUCAUCAUUCCCAAAUGGUUUAAAGUAUUACUUUCCUCACAUGAUAUUCGAAUUUGCUAAAAUAUUCAUACCAAAUUGUAUUGUUGUGCAUUGUGGCACUUCAUUUUACACUUGUGCUUUCAAGGAUGAAAUUCAGCUUGGGUAACAGUGCAAAACAGGAAAUAGUAGUCCAUUUCACAUUCAAUAUGAUUAUUUUGUUAUAAUUGAUGGGAAGUUGGUGGAGUGUAAAAUGAGCUGUUUGUGUGCUAUCGUCCAAUUUCCACUGCUGUCCAAAAACAUCAUCUCCCAAAUAUGCAUUUCACAGAGCAAAAAGUAAUUGUUCAGAUUACUUUGACGAAGUGUACAGUAAAGGACCGAUAUAAUACCAUGAAUAGAAGACAACUGCUGAAUACAAAUCAUUGCACUGAAACACACCUUUUCCUGAAGCCAAACUGAAUUAGUUAGGUAAGCAAAUUUAGCAAAAAAUGUCUUGCAACAUUUUGUUUUCUUUCUUCCUAAUGUUUCAGUUUAGUAAGAGAAAAUGGAACUAUAAUACUUUAGA